GCUCCCCGCGGCCAUGGCGCGCAGCCUCCGGAGCUGGCUGGGCGGCUGCCUCCUGGUGUCAGCAUUAGGAAUGGUGCCGCCUCCUGAAAAUGUCAGAAUACACUCCGUUAACUUCAAGAGCAUUCUGAAGUGGGAGGCGCCUGCUUUCCCCAAAGGGAAUCUGACUUUCACAGCGCAGUACCAAAGUUACAGGAAGUUCCAGGACUUGUGCACCCGCACCAGGGGGACCGAGUGCGACUUCUCCCAUCUGUCGAAGUACGGCGACCACACCUUGCGAGUGAGGGCUGAACUCGCCGACCAGCACUCCGCCUGGGUGAACAUCACCUUCUGUCCUGUCGCUGACACCGUCAUCGGACCUCCUGGGAUUCACAUGGAAGCCCUUGCUGACUCUUUGCAUAUACGUUUCUUGGCGCCCCGAAUCGAGAAGGAACACGAAUCAUGGACCAUGGCGAAUAUUUAUAACUCCUGGGUCUAUAAUAUGCAGUAUUGGAAGAACGGUUCUGAUGAAAAGCAUCCAGUUACUUGUCAGUAUGACGUCGAGGUCCUCAGAAACCUGCAGCCGUGGACAACGUACUGUGUUGAAGUUCAAAUGUUUGUUCCCGAAUUGAACAAAAGCGGGGAGUGGAGCGAGCCCGUGUGCGCGCAAACCGUCAGUGAUGACAGUGCCCCCUCCUGGGUCGUGGUGGUGGUCGUCCUGGGGUCCUCGGUGGGCACCUGCCUGCUGCUCACGGGCUGCUUGGCGCUGCUGUGGUGCAUCUACAAGAGGACCAAGUACACCGUCUCCCCGGGCAACGCGCUCCCGCAGCACCUGAAGGAGUUUCUGAGUCACCCUCACCACAACAAGCUCCUGUUCUUCUCCUUCCCACCCUCUGAGGAGAACGAAGUCUUUGACAAACUGAGUGUCGUCACCGAGGUCUCUGAAAGCGGCAAGCGGGAUUCUGGGGACAGCGACAGCCUCAGGACUCCGGCUGGGGGGGUCUCGCCCUCCAGCUACUGAGGAGGGCCGCAGCCCCCCUCCCCGCCCUUGCGGGCGAUCAGAGCCGCCGGCGCGACCCGGGCCAGCCCCGUCCAGAGCUCAGCGCCGGGACCACGUCUACACGGCCAGGAGUGGGCUGGGAAGGCCCGCGUGGCCGACGCCUUCUGGGGACUUGCUUUGUUUAAAGGCCUUCACGGUUAGAAAACAGUUGCCCACUCUCAGCCUCGUGCGCUCACAGAGGGAACAGGUUUCAACUGUGAGACAUAAAAGUACUAAAAAGAGGAACGAAAGCAGGUGCUGCAAGAUCCGACCGAACUGUCGAAAGGCCCCGAGAAACGGCGCUGGACACACGCAGACUCCUGGGUUCUCAGGGACGCUUCUCCCGGGAGUCCUUCUGCUACUGUACGUGUUUUAUGUUGUGUCUUCGCUCCAGUAAAGUUUACCCUCCAGCCUGUGUGUUCGUGAUACGGUGUUGGCGGCGGUGCCAGAUGCUGGGUGCCGGCCCCUGCGGCUGGUUUGGGUCCGUCCAUCCU